AUGCACUGCGAGGGCUGCCGAUCCGGGAUCCUGGAAGACGUUCUGGAUCCUUCUGGUGGUGACGGAGUGCCUAAUGGAGACAGAGUGCCCCAUGAGCAUGAGUCGCUGGGACUCAUGGAGGGACGAUGCGGGUCACUCCCGCGGUACGGCCCCACUUGGGAUGACUGUCAGCAACUUCUCCAGAUCCUGUUCACCACAGAGGAGCGAGAAAGGAUCCAGAAUGAGGCCAGAAAAUUGGUUCCUGUGGAUACAGGAGCUCAACAUUCUGUCCUGCUUGAACCUCAUGGCCAUGUUUCUGAUAAAACUUCCUGGGUCCAAGGAGCCAUAGUCAUGAAAAAAUAUUCAUGGGCUACCCAGAGAAUGGUAGAUUUGGGAGUAGGCUGAGUAACCCACUCAUUUAUGAUUAUACCAGACUGCCCCUAUCCUUUACUGGGAAGAGACUUGCUCACCAAAUUGGGAGCCCAAAUUCACUUUCAACCAGGGGGUACAAAAGUCCUUAAUCAAGAAGGCAAACCGAUUCAAGUAUUAACUGUAAACAUAGAAGAUGAAUAUCGGUUACACCAAGAGCCAUCUCCUCCAAGCUCUGAGACGGACAAGAGGCUUGCAAUGUUCCCACAAGCCUGGGCUGAAACUGGGGGCAUGGGACUGGCUGUACACAGACCACCUAUAUAUAUAGAAUUAAAGCCAGGAACAGACUCUGUCUGUGUUUGCCAGUAUCCUAUGUCCCUAGAAGCCCGACAGGGAAUAACCCCGCACAUUAGAAGGUUACUAGCACAAGGGAUAUUAAGGCCUUGUCAAUCGGCCUGGAAUACCCCCUUGUUACCGGUGCAGAAGCCACACUGAAAUGACUACCGACCAGUGCAGGACCUCCAUGAAGUAAAUAAGAGAGCUAUGGACAUUCACCCCAUAGUACCUAACCCUUAUACCCUUUUAAGUUUCCUGCCACCGAGUCGUCAAUGGUAUACAGUCCUAGACCUGAAAGAUGCCUUCUUCAGCCUUCCGUUGGUGCCCCAAAGCCAGCACAUUUUCACCUUUGAAUGGAGCUAUCCUGAACAAGGCCUCAAUGGACAGCUGACCUGGACUUGGCUGCCUCAGGGGUUCAAAAAUUCUCCCACCAUCUUCAACGAGGCCCUGCAUGAAGACCUGGGUGAGUUCUGCCUCCAAAACCCUCAAAUGACUCUGUUACAAUAUGUAGAUGAUCUCCUCAUAGCAGCUGAAACCCAAAAGGUCUGCUUUGACGGAAGCAAAAGGCUCCUAGCCACCAUCGGAAAGUUGGGGUACUGGGCGUCAGCCAAAAAGGCCCAGACCUACAAGUCUGAGGUGAGCUAUUUGGGUUAUAUACUUAAAAAGGGACAGAGAUGGCUGACACGAAAAGAGACAGUUCUUAAAAUACCCACACCAGAUUCCUCUCGAAAAGUUAGAGAAUUUUUGGGAUCAGCUGGCUUCUGCCGCUUGUGGAUACUGGGGUUCGCAGAACUUGCAAAGCCCCUUUAUGAGGUAACUAAAGACAAUCAUACUUUCCAAUGGACUGAAAAACUACAAAAAUCAUUUGAUCAGAUAAAGACUACCUUGCUGUCGGCACCUGCUCUGGGCCUGCCCAAUAUAACCAAGCCCUUUCACCUAUAUGUUGAUGAGAACAAAGGCAUGGCCAAAGGAGUGUUAGUUCAAUACCUAGGGCCAUGGCGCCGCCCAGUGGCAUACCUAUCAAAAAAACUUGAUCCAGUUGCAUCCGGGUGGCCCCCAUGUUUGAGAAUGAUUGUGGCAGUGGCCCUGAUGGUAAAAGAUGCUGACAAGUUGACACUGGGCCAAGAACUAUAUGUAACCACCCCCCAUGCUAUUGAAGGAGUCCUAAAACAACCUCCAGAUCGAUGGCUCAGUAAUGCCCACCUGACCCACUACCAGGGCUUACUCCUAAACCCAGCCCAAGUUGUCUUUCAGACCCCGGCUGCCUUAAAUCCAGCUACACUGUUGCCAGACCCGGACUUAGAGACUCCGCUCCACGACUGUGCUGACAUCCUAGCUCAGGUACAUGUGACUCGAGCUGACCUGAGAGACCAACUGUGGCCAGAUGCUGAAAACACCUGGUAUACUGAUGGAAGCAGCUUUGUACAGGAUGGCUGCAGGUAUGCCGGGGCAGCUGUGGUGACAGAAACUAAGGUCAUUUGGGCAGAACCAUUGCCCACCGGGACCUCAGCCCAAUGGCCAGAGCUCAUAGCUCUGACCAAAGUGUUGACUCUGGGGCAAGGCCAAAAGCUAAACAUAUAUACAGACAGCCGGUAUGCCUUUGCCACUGAGCACAUCCAUGGGGUUAUCUACAGAGAGAGAGGACUAUUGAUGGCUGAGGGAAAAACUAUCAAAAACAAAGAGGAAAUUCUUGCCCUGCUGAUGGCCCUAUGGCUGCCAAAGAAAUUGGCUAUUGUCCACUGUCCCAGAAACCAAAAAAAAACUGAUCCAGGAAGUGCUGCCUUGCCAAAAAAAACCCAGUAUACUGAAGAAGAUUUCAGGUGGAUAGAACAAUUACCUAUUCCCCAGCACCUCAACGGGUGGUGGAAGUCCUCUGAUUGUAAAGUUAUCCUGCCUGAAGUGCUUGGAGAACAAGUUCUCUCCAAAAUACAUCGGGCCACCCAUAUGGGCACUCGAAAAAUGCAAGAUCUCCUGAGACAUGCUGAGAUAAAGAUUCGAGACGCCAAUUCCAAAAUUGAGCAUAUCGUUGCCACUUGCAAAUCCUGUCAACUGACAAAUGCUGCCCACAAUAAAGCCAACCCAGGCAAUAGGCUAAGAGGGAACCAACCUGGAACAUACUGGGAAUUGGACUUUACUGAGGUAAAACCUGGAAAAUAUGGUUAUAAAUACCUGCUAGUUUUUGUAGACACUUUUUCAGGAUGGACAGAAGCUUUUCCUACCAAACAUGAGACAGCACAGAUAGUGGCCAAGAAGUUGCUAGAAGACAUCUUGCCAAGGUAUGGUUUCCCCGUAAUGUUAGGGUCAGACAAUGGACCCGCUUUCAUUUCCAAGGUGAGUCAAAAUUUAGCAUAGGCAUUGGGGGCAGAUUGGAAAUUGCAUUGCGCAUACAGACCCCAAAAUUCAGGACAGGUAGAGAGAAUGAAUAGAACUUUAAAAGAGACCUUAACUAAAUUAACCUUAGAGACUGGCAGUGACUGGGUGGCUCUCCUUCCCUUUGCCCUCUAUAGGGUACACAAUUCUCCCUAUAAGAUGGGACUGACUCCCUUUGAAAUAAUGUUUGGAAUUCCCCCUCCCAUUGUCCCCAACCUUCAGUCAAAUGUCCUUGUUGAAUUUGAUGAUCAAAAACUGUUACUUUCUUUAAAAAGCCUCCAAUGUGUUUGUGAGGAUGUCUGGCCUAAAUUGAAGGCCCUAUAUGAGUCUGGACCACCUCCUGAGCCCCAUCGCUACCGACCAGGAGACUGGGUCUUUGUCUGGAGACAUCGACAGAAGGACUUUGAGCUUCGUUGGAAAGGACCCUAUGUUACUGUCCUGACCAUGCCCACCGCUCUCAAGUUCAACGAGAUCACCUCGUGGGUACACUACACUCACGUCCGCCCCGUGGAUCCACACGCCAUAUUAGAGGACUACAUCCCAUCAUGGCAAGUGUCCAAGGACCAUGACAAUCCUCUCAAGCUCAAGCUACAUCAUCGACGG